GUUUCCCGCACCGUCAGGGCUUUUCUCAGUCAUGUAUGUCUUGACACAUGGCACCUUGGUCUGUACAUAGUGUUGGCUGUCACAUGUAAGUGUCGUUAUGUAGCUCUAGUGAGGAGUCAGUGGAAAAAGGAAUGUCUUCUGUUUUUUUACACCUGUUGGUUUGAUUUUUAUUUUUUGUCAAACGCAGGAGAGUCUUGUUGAUUCAACGUGGGGAAGCUGUGUAGUCCUGAGUGUGUACGUUGGACAAUGCUUAUCAACUAGUGCCUAGAAGAUUACACAACUUUAGAGGUCUGCGUGCACGCGCAGGCCGUAGAUAUCGUAGGUUAUUCAUUCGUUUCGGGAUGCAUCAAAACCCUGCCAAUCUGGAUCAAGAAAAUCUGUCUCUUGUGUCUGGUUGGAGUAACACACUCAAGCCAAAAUCAAUGCCUUCGGCGCUGGCCGUGUUCACCUGCCGACCCAACUCGCACCCAUUCCAGGAGCGGCAUGUGUACCUGGACGAGCCCGUCAAAAUCGGCAGGUCGGUGGCUCGGUGCAGGCCGGCCCAGAACAACGCCACCUUCGACUGCAAGGUGCUGUCCAGGAAUCAUGCCCUCGUAUGGUUCGACCACAAGACCGGAAAGUUCUACCUGCAGGACACUAAAAGCAGCAACGGGACGUUCAUCAACAGCCAGCGGCUGAGUCGCGGCUCCGAGGAGAGUCCGCCGUGUGAGGUCCUGUCUGGAGACAUCAUUCAGUUUGGCGUAGACGUCACCGAGAACACGCGCAAAGUCACACAUGGCUGCAUCGUGUCAACAAUCAAACUCUUCCUACCUGAUGGGAUGGAGGCCCGCCGGAGAAGCGAUGUCAUCCAGGCGCCGUUACCACUUCCUAUAGACAAGGUUGCAGCCAACACUCCCAGCAUGUAUUCUCAGGAACUGUUCCAGCUCUCCCAGUAUCUUCAGGAGGCCUUACACAGAGAGCAGAUGUUGGAGCAGAAGUUGGCCACGCUGCAGCGUCUGCUGAGCUCCACCCAGGAGGCCUCGGAGAGCAGCUGGCAGGCUCUGAUCGACGAGGAUCGUCUGCUCUCCAGACUGGAAGUGAUGGGCAGCCAGUUACAGGCUUACUCCAAGUCGCAGCCAGAGGAGGGGAUCCGUAAGGAGCUCCUGGCUCUUCAGGAGGACAAACACAACUACGAGACGACGGCGAAGGAGUCCCUGAGACGAGUCCUGCAGGAGAAGAUCGAGGUGGUCAGGAAGCUGUCGGAGGUCGAGCGCACGCUCAGUAACACGGAGGACGAGUGCACCCACCUGAAGGAGAUGUCUGAGAGGAGUCAGGAGGAGCUGAGGGAGCUGGCCAACAAAUACAACGCUGCCGUCAACGAGAUCAAGGAGCUCACCGACAAAAUGAAGGCGGCAGAGGGCCGGCAGGAGGAGCUGACCCAGCAGGGGGCGGUGGAGAAGAAGGAGUUGGAGAUGCGCAUUGAGGAGAUGGAGGAGAAGGAGCAGGUUCUCCAGGCUCGGAUCGAGGCCCUGCAGGCCGACAACGACUUCACAAACGAGCGACUCGCUGCUCUCCAGGUGCGGUUAGAGCAGCUACACGAGAAAAGCAUAAAAGAAAACAACAGUCUGGAUGUGGACCUUGUCUCCCACGGACCAGAAGAGGAGCCUGUCGAAGACGCACAGAACCUGCUGACGCCUGAGAGCCAGGACCAAGACGAGGGGGACUCGGAUACUGAUGAUGGGGCAGUUGGUGGAGAUCAAGAGACCGAUGACAACUGUCUGCUCAACAACAGCGGAGGAGACUCGACUAGAAGCCCUCAGUUGAUUGAGUGUCCGCCCGUCAAACAGUUGAAGGAGUCUGUGAGUUCUUCCAUAAACAAACUGGCCAACUUUGAUGACGUGAUGGACGCUCACCUGCAGAACAACCAGACUGAAGAAGACGACGUCCUGGCCAGCCCCGAUCAGCUCAAAGCGAGUCAGAUGGACGCCAAAGAGUCGGACAUGUCCGACACUCUGAGUCCCAGCAAAGAUCGCAGCAGCGACGACACGUCAGAUGGAAACAUGAACGAGCAGGAGCUGAACGAACCACAGAACAGAGUCGCUCUGCUCAAAGUCGAGUUGAGUCGGGCCGGUUUAGAGUCUGGAGACACGGAGCAGAUCAUCCACCACCUCCACAGAGAACUGCUGGAGGCCCAGGAAUUAGCCAACACCGGCAAGCAGAAGUGUCUGGGGCUACAAGCUCUGCUGGAGGAGGAGAGGAGGAGUAACUCCAAGCUGACGGAGGAGUCGACCAAACAGAUCCAGUACCUGCAGACCCAACUGGAGAAGCUGCAGGCCGACAUGGAGGCUCUGAGGGAGCAGAGGGAGAGCACCAUCUGCAGCACCAGAGAGGAGCUCUACUCCGCCCAGGAGGAGAUUCUCGUCCUGCGACACGCCAUGGAGGCGGCCACAGCGGACCGGGAGCGGGAGAUCACCGCCCUGCAGGCAGACCUGGGUAACGUGCGCACUGAGCUGGAACACUGGAGGACCACGGCUGCCAAAUACGAGGAGGAGAUCAGCCGGCUGCAGGGGGCUUUCACCCAGCAGCAACAACAGCAGAACACCGCCAGCCAGCUGCAAACGGAGUGCGUGACGCUGCAGCAGCGCUGCUCGUCUCUGCAGCAGGAAUGUGACGGGCUGAGAGCCGAGCGGACAACGCUCACAGAUAAACUGCACCGCCUGGAGGCUGAGCUGAGCAGCACCAGGGAGCAGAGUCAGGUCCUCAGCAGCAGUCUGGAGUCUCUGGAGAAGAGGGAGGAGGUUCUGCAGGACAAACUGGGUUCUCUGGAGAACCAGCACCUGCAGGAUGCUAGCAGAUUAAAGAGCCAGCUGGACCAGGCGCAGGCCCGGACACAUACGCUGCAGAAAGAGUAUGAAGACACUCAGUCUCAGCUGCUGGACCUCCACCAGCGCUACGAGAGGACGGAGCAGGAGAAGCUGAACAUCCACCAGGAGCUGGAGCAGUGCAGGAGCAGCCUGAAGCAGCUGCAGGACAAGACCAGCUCUAGCGGCUGGAGCCCCUGGAUGCCGGUCAUCGCAGUGAUGGUCGCCGUGACGGCCGCCAUCCUCUACCCCAACCUCUCCAAGAGCAGCUCCGCCUGAACCCCGCCGAGCGAGCCGUGAGGGGAGCGUCGCCGCUUCGCUUGUAUAAAGUCUAAUUGUAUAUAAUUGUAGAGGGAAUAUAAAAGGUUGUGGUUUCUACAGAGGACUCGAUACUUCCUGGUUUAUUUUUGUUUUCUGAGGAAGGGUUUCGUUGUCAUUUUUAUUCUCUGGGCUCUGAGAUGUGGUGGGGGCGGUUUAUGGGUUUAGUGUUUGGCUAAAAAGAAAAAGGCGACGUGACGCUCGGAUGGAGCGGUCCGAUGCUUUCCAGCAGGCUCGGCGCCGUCGGAGACGCGCGACUCAUCAUUUGUCACUUUUCACACUCGGCUCUAAAAGACACGUUUGUUCUACUCACCUGCUCAUGAAGGCAGAGGCCCAACAAGUCUUAAAGGUACUCAUUGCAAGACGCAACAUGAAAAGUUUAAACUGAAAUGUAUAAAUCUGCCGUUUAAAGAAAACGGUUUCAACAUGAUGCUGACCCGUAGAUUGUGAAGCGCGGGAACGCACUUGAUGUAAACAAAGAGUGAAUCUGCCAAAAGCCGCACGAAGCUCGAGCUACUGACUGACGACAUGGUGGACGAG